GAAUACUUCAGUGUUACAGGACAGAACAAACUCUCCUGUUCUUUACGAUGACGGGAAGAUUUUAAACGGAUUUAUAUCAACUUAAAAAAACAGAAGAAGACAAACAACAUCACAAAGAAGUGAGUUUUAAAGGUUUUUCUACUUUUCUAUCAACAAAAGUCAAAUUUAAGUUGAACUUUGCAACUAAACCUCUUUGAAAAGAGGAGCUGGUGGUUGAUGAUGUACCUAUAGUCUUGUUUGAGUCUGUUGCAGGAUAGUUAAGAGCUGAACUAACUGUGUGUGUAAGCAGUUUCUUCCUCUUUUGAAAGUGUUUUUAACAUUUUCCUGCUAAUUGUUUGGGACACCCCGCCAAGUUUACUGUUUUGAUUUAGCUCCAUGAAGCUUAUUUCAAGGAGCAGCAGACAGAUGUUCUCCACUGAAUGAGCUCUAAAGAGUCACUGCGCACCACCUGCUCCAAAUCAAACAGCAGGCGAACACAGAAAAAGGCCAGCUGGUGAAGAUAGAUGCGUGUUUAUCAGCAGAGCAAGCGGAUAUUUUUCUGGAGAGAUGAUGAUUACCAGAGCCGGAGAAAGAGAGAAAAUAUUGGACUUAUAUUCAUCGAGUUGACAAAACAAAGAUGCUGCCUCCUCUUUAUUGGCUUGUUAAAGGGAUAUUCUAUUCGACACCCCCAACGAGAGAUGAAGGUUACCUGCUUACUUCUCUAGUUAAACCAACUUUAGUAACGACCGCAGGAUAGCGAUACACAGUGGUCUGAGGAGCCAUAAACAAACCUGAACCAAAAACGCCACUCUAUAGACACAAAUAAUGCUCAGAACAGCACCUAACUUCAUCAACAGGACAUAUAGGGUCACAGACAUAGACUAAACACAACUCACCUUCUCUCUUCCAGCAGCCGUUUGUUUGUAGGGAGACCUCAGGCCAGUCCAUUACGGACUGUAGCGGGGUGACGCAGCUCAAGGAAGAACAUUUAUGAUCAGAGAAGCAAGCGGUCGGCAACAUUCAUCUCUUGAUUGGGUGUUGAACUCGGUGUUGCUGUGUUUGACCCUAAAUCAAUUUUAUGUUGGAAUGUCCCUUUAAAUUAGUAAAAACAAACUGUAACAGGUCUGACAUAUUUACUCUCAAAGCUACAAAUUCUCCUCAUGGCCUUUGCUUUUUGAAACGUCUCACUUCUUGACUAAAAUCUACAAACUUUCUAAUGAGUCUCUUAUCUUGAUUUGAUCUCACUCUCUAGAUUUUCUCCCCGGAUCACCAAACUCAUCUGAGAAGACUCAAACUCCAGGGUCUCAGAUCUGAAGUUCUUGAAGGGGCUCUGAUACCAGAGAGGGGUCUAGAACUAUUCACAGAUACAUUCAUCAAGAAGGAGCCUGCUCGAAUAUAGUGCCUAGGAUCAGAGUUUGUUCAGAAAGUCACAGAACCACUGCAGGAUAGGGUUUCGAUACAGUUUCUAGAGUUAGAAGGGUUCUAGAAUAUGAUUCCAAGUUCCGGAAUGACUCUGGGUCUUGAAGUUUUCUCCAGGAUCAAAGCAGUUUCAAAGAAUCAGAAUAGAUUCUAGAACUCGUUCAAGGGUAACAUUCCGUGGUGUUUGGAAUGAUGUUGAAACAAAGUAAAGAUUAGUUCCAAAAUCACAGUGAGUUCUAGAUUCAGAUCUGGACGAGCAGAAAGUUUAGAAUCUCUACCAGUUCAACAGUUUGCUCAGGAAUCACAGACCUUGAAGAGGGUACUUCAAUCUGUGACAAGUCUGGAACUGGUGCCCAGGAUAGAUUGCAUAAAGAAGCAGGUUCUGAACCAGCCACUGGUACCACUGUGGGCUCUAGAAUCUGAUAAGAAGCUACGACAAGUUCUGGAGUUCAGAAGUUUGCUCGCGGUGCAGAGCAGGAUGGUUCCUGGAGCCUCGAAGUUGGAAUUAGCAAACAGUUCUAGAAACAAAGCCCAACCCAGAUUGGGUUCCUGGACUCCAUCCACGCCUAGAAUGUUCUCCAUGCUGCAGGUUGCCUUGUGUUUGAUGUUUGUUGAUUCGGUUGGAUGCCAUGGCAACUCCUCGUCUGAACUAUCUCCCUCUGAUCUAAUGUGGUCAGACCAGCCUGACUUCUAUGGCACUGACCUGCCUCCAGAACCAGGACUGAACCUUCAGAUCCAGACCCAAGACAGAGAGGCACAUCUGGUGCAAGAGACGGUAAACAAGGCCCUGGCCUCACUGGAAAACCUAAAGGCUAAACACAUAAGUAAGCUGAAGCAUAAACCUGACAGAAAGCCUAUCGGACCCUCCACCAACUCCUCUCUGGUGGUUCAGAAGCGCCCAGUUCUGCCCCCUAACUGUGUGCAGACCACAUCCAUCCAAACGGCCUUCAAGUACAUCAACACAGUGCUGUCCUGUGUGAUCUUCGCUGUGGGGAUAAUCGGGAACGCCACACUGCUGAGGAUCAUCUGCCAAAAUAAAAGCAUGAGGAAUGGACCCAACGUUCUAAUCGCCAGCCUGGCCCUGGGGGACCUGAUCUACAUCGCCAUUGACUUACCGAUCAACGUCUACAAGGUACAGAAGCAGAGUACCACGCAGUUAACUCACAGUUAUGUUUUCAGGUAUCUGAAGCAAAAACAGCUCUGUGAUCUGCUUAGUCAGGUUGGGAAAUUGCAUUAUGGGUAAGCUGUAGUGUUGUGUGUCUCAGACAGGAGGUUGAGUGUUCCUCUGAUAAUGCCGCUAAAAUAUCUGUGAGACUCUGAUAACAGACCCCACACUGAUACCAUGAUGUUUGUUGUUGUUGGUGUGUGUGUGUGUGUGUGUGUGUGUGUGUGUGUGUGUGUGUAGCUCCUGGCCAUGCGGUGGCCAUUUGCUGACAGUGCACUCGGCCUGUUCCUCUGCAAGCUGUUCCCCUUCCUGCAGAAAGCUUCAGUCGGCAUCACCGUCCUGAACCUGUGUGCUCUGAGCGUUGACAGGUAACACACACACACAUUUGUUAUUAAAGGGAUAUUCCGGCGUAAAAUUAAUUUACGGUCAAGAUGGUAAGGUCUAGUUGGUAUAACUAGAGAAGCAAGCGGUCUGCAACUUUCAUCUUUCAAGGGGAGGGUGUCUAACUCGGUGUUACGGUGUGUUUGACCCUUAAUUCAUUUUAUGCCGGAAUAUCCCUUUAAUGUCCCAAUGAGGACCCACUGUUUAAAUGAGUCUAGGGCCCAAAAUACGAGCUAUUGUGUGCAAAAGAUUCCGGGAAGGAUGAGAUUUGAAGGGAUCAGCAAGGAAAGGACACGGGCGAUGAUCUUUAACGAGUGCAAACCAGGAUUCUGUUGUUAAUCUCUGACAUGUGAGGCUGAUCCAAGCUAUCUUAACUUAAACUAUUCCUUCAAAGUAAAGUUUGUGAAUACACAUUCAUAGCGGAACUUCUUUCCCAGGUACCGUGCGGUGGCUUCCUGGUCGAGGGUUCAGGGUACAGGUGUUCCCACAGUGACAGCAGUGGAAAUCGUGGCGAUCUGGCUUCUGUCCAUCGUGUUAGCCGUACCAGAGGCCAUCGGCUUCAACAUGGUGACCUUUGACUACAAGAACGUGACCAUGAGGACCUGCAUGCUGCAGCCCAGGACGCCCUUCAUGACUGUGAGUGUGUUUAUUUAUAGCUCCGUAUAAAUCAGGUCUGAUGAGACAGGGGGUCACUAUUACAAAGUCUUCAGAUUCAGUCUAGAGUUUUCUCGGUGUGUACUCUUCAAGUCCAAACCCUCUUUGGGGAAAUAGAUGGACUCUCUGGUCUGUUUCCGUUAUCUCUUUGUUGUUGUGUUUGAAGCCAAGGUCUAGUUUAGAAAAUCAUUUCCUGUUUGUCUUCAAGACAAGACUGGAACCAGACACGUGCACCCAGAACUGAACCUGGAUCUGCUUUCUCUCAGGGUUUACCGCAGAAGCUUGAUCCAAAAAAAACUUGAAUCUUCCAGUUAAAAUUUCAUAUUGAGAGAGUAAACAGGUCUGUAGUUACAAUCAAUCAAUGAUCAACUAUGAUGGUUCGACCGUAUCAUCAAAGAGUGUUUUCCUCGUGCCUGUUUUCUUCACUUUGGUUGAUGUUCUUUGUUUCUUUUAACCCUCAUACAGAAACUUCCUUUAGCGGUAUUAGUGGCUGUUUUUAGCCACUAACUUUUAACUGCUUUAAAAUGAUAUCAGAUCAAAAUUUCUUUAAAGUUUUUUUGCAUAAAUCUGUUCAGCAACUUCAGUCCUGAUCAAAACUUCAUUAUACAGAUACAGAAACUAGGCGAGUGAUACAACAGGCCUGUGUAAUGGGUAAAUGUGUGAACCAGGUGAUCAACAGUAAAAUGACCUAAUUUGAUCCCUUCUGGAGAGGGUUGAUAACCCUGACUGUAAAAAUUAUAUUUAUAUAGUGCCAUGUCUGCACUGAAAACACGUGGUUAUAAUGGGAGUCAAUGGGGCAAAAACAGCCACUAAGACCAUAAAAGGAAGUUUUUAUGAAAAUCUGCUGCUGCACAAAAACUAAAUACACGUAAAAGUCAUUGAUGUUACUAAUCUAAGACAUGUCCAAGACUGUGAUAACAUGAAAAAAAUAUUCUUUGUCCAAUCACUUUUAUAUUGAAAAAAGCUCAUUUUGUGUGUAUUUUUUCCCAUAUCAGUGACUCUCUUUUUUCAAUUGGCAUUCAAAGGGUUAAAAUUUUGAAUUUUUUUUAAUAUUUACUAGUUUUGAUGAAGGCUGAAGUUGAUUAAAAGAUAUAUGCAAAAAAAAAAAAAAUUUAAUAUUCAUCUGAUAUAUUUUUUACAGCAGUCAAAGUUAGUGGCCGAAAACACAGUUAAAGGGAAGUAAAUUUGCAGACAGUGUACGACUGAUCUUCUGAACUUUUUGAAAUCAUAUUAUCAAAUUUUAUGCAAAAAUCAGGUUUGUCUAAGAGGAAAAAUGGACCCUCAGUGGAGGUUUUUGUCUCCAACACUGUAAAAAGUUUAACUUUCCAGAGCUGCACUUCUGUUCGUUCCAGUUCUACAGGGACGCGAAGGACUGGUGGCUGUUCGGUUUCUACUUCUGCGUCCCUCUGGCCUGUUCGGCUUUUUUCUACGGCCUGAUGACCUCAGAGAUGCUCCGCCAUCAGAAGGGGAGUCUGCGGAUCGCUCUGAGCGAACACCUCAAACAGGUAACACUUACAAACACAAACACACACACACAAGAGAAGGACUGAUGUUGUUGAUUGUAAAUCAUCUUAUGAAGUAAAAUGUUGUCUCUGUAGCGUAGAGAGGUAGCUAAAGCCGUGUUCUGCCUGGUGCUGAUCUUCGCUCUGUGCUGGUUUCCUCUUCAUCUGAGUCGCUUACUGAAGAGAACCGUCUACAAACCACACGACAUCCACCGCUGUGAGCUGCUGAAGUAGGUGUACAACCACAAAUAUCGGACAUUUAGUCAUGAAUAUGGAGCGCUGUGGUGUAUAAUGAGAUCCCGUCCUUUUCCUCUUUUUCGUAAUUGUAAUUUUUUGAUAACAGAACAUGUUGGGUUCUUCUUCUUCUUCUUCUGUGUUUCUAGUUUCUUGUUGGUGCUCGAUUACUUCAGCAUCAACAUGGCCACCAUCAACUCCUGCAUCAAUCCCAUAAUCCUCUUCUUCGUCUCCAAGAAGUUCAAAAACUGCUUUAAGGUAAAAACGUUGAGAUCUUUAAGAAAAGUUCGUAAAUACAAAGGAGUCCUUACACACCGGGACCGACGCGAAUACAGAACGCGAAAUUACAAAAUAUUCGGAGGCGAAUUUUGACAUGUCUGACUAUACACAUCAAGCGCGAUGUGAUUUUGCGAUUUUCCGGGGGGAGGAAGACGCAUUUCGGGGAAGACUUUUCCCGGGGAAAGUCCCGCCUCCUUCGCCUCUGAUUGCCUAAAAAAGCUGGAAACGUCAUCACACGCUCAAGCCAAACGGUCAGCACUUUUAGCCAAUCAGAGGAGAUAAGAUAAGCACAUGAAACUAUGGUAACAACCGUUAGCUUACGUUAGCACAGAUGAAAGUUCAAACAAAGACGUUUAUCAAACUGUUAAAGCUCACAAACCAUCGUCAUAUGAGAAAUCCGACGCUAUGACUCUCCACAAGUCGUCCUUCAGGUCGUUAUCUUUGUAAUGUUUGUGUCUUUUAUCAAAAAUCACUCUGUUCUCCGACACGGAAACAAUCAGCUGGUCGGCCAUGUUGGAUAUACCGGUGAAUCUGACGUCGCAACAACACGAAAUCUGAUUGGUCAGAAGUGGACGAAACUUUAGAAAAUUCGACCGUGAUACGAAAAAAUAAAUGCCGCAAUAUCGCAGGACGGGCAAACGUCACUGAUGUGAACGCUUGUAUUGACAGGAUACGGGUUAAAAAAAAAAUAUUGACGUCAGAAAUACUCGCACGAAAAAAACGCUCCCGGUGUGUGAGGACCUUUAGUCGUAAAUCAACAAGAUUCAGAGAAUAAAGUCUAAAAUCUACAAGAUCAGGGCUAAGAUGAACAGAUAUGAAGUCCGAUUUUUACAACAAUCAAGCAUAAAAAUGUUGCUGUUCAUUCAUGAUGUUUUACGUUUGCAUGACAAUAAAACUGUGAAGUUUUUGAGAAAAAAUGUAAAGUUGUUAAUUUUCCAGAAAAAAAGUCGUUAUGUAGGCGGUGAGAAGCUCUUCUUUAAAAAAACAUCGAUUCUCAACAUUGAAAUCGAGAAUCCUGACUUUACUCUUACAAACUCAUGACUGAUCUGUUUUUGUUUCUGGUUUAAUAAGAAAAUCAGAAAUAUCUGAUCAGCACCUCUCUGAUGAAACUCACCCUCUGUGUCCACCUGUCUGUCUGUCUCUGUCUCUGUCUCUGUUUGGACAGUCCUGUCUGUGUUGUUGGUGUUAUUCUGGCUCUUUCUACAACAGUAUGCUGCUGCCGCUGCACCACGGGACGAGCCUGCAAUACAAACACACUGACCAUUAGAAAGGAGAGAGAAUGAGAGAGAGAGAGACUCUGUGACUCCACUGGACUGAACCAGAACAC